AUGGUUGGCGCUCUCGGACUAGCCCUCGGAUCGACGCCACUCAUAGCAGGCGCCCCCAACGGGAUCGAGAAGAUAUCGGGGGCUGGAUUCCAACGAGGUCAAGAUGAAUUCUCCCUCUGGACGAAGGAGGGCUUGCCGGUCUCGCGUGCAAACAAGGCUGAAUACGUGCGCCUCGCCUCGAGACCGGCACGCGGCAAGUUCAAGGGGGGUGGUAAGUUCGAGUUCAGCUUCAACGGGCCAUUGCUCUACGGCGAUGUGGACGUCAAUACCUUGACCUUGGAGCUCUCUGCCUUGGUCAAGAAGGGCAGCGGCGACCACUGGCAAGUAGACAUGUUCAACACGAGACGAGGGAAACGGUGGGACAAGAUCGGUGACCUCUCCGAGGCGGGUUCUGAUUGGUCCACGUCGAACCUGGUGGUGAUGAGCGACGACGGUUGCGGCGAUGCCCCGAAACGCAUCAAUACCACGAGGACGAAGAGAUGGAAGCCCAAGCGCUGCAUCAGCGACUACUUCGAUACCGACAGCAACGAAGUCCUCAUCCGUGUUCACACGCGGGAAUCGAAAGAGGUCGUCUUCAUCGACUACGCGCACAUAAAGGCUUCUUUCGGACUUAACCCACACGCUGGUGGCGCCUAG